AUGACGGAAAAGGAAACAUCAGACGUUGCAAGUACCGCUACCAGUAGUGGCACAAGUAUUAGAGUCUUUGAAAGUAUUUCAGAUUCUGUGUUAGAUUUUACAGCCGAUGAUGUCAACGCAGUAGUUCCAACAGAUGACGAAGAUGUUCCUGUAUUGACCCUUAGAAUGUGGGUUAUUGCCUUCUUUUUAGGAACAGUUAUUACUGGAGUAGAUGCAUUUUUCACUCUUAGAUUCCCCACAGUCCAUAUUGGACCAAUAGUUGCUCAAGUCCUAGCAUAUCCAUUAGGUAAAUUGUGGGAUAUGAUUGUACCGCUGUUUCAACUUACAAUUCCCUUCACUAAGUACGGAUUUAAUUUGAAUCCAAGUCCAUUCAAUCUGAAGGAACAUGCCUGCGUUUUCAUUGUAACUAAUAUCAUGUCGCCUAUAAACCUUGUCAGUAUGACAGUUACUGAACAGUUUAAAUUUUUUAAGCUGGAAAUUGGAAUUGGAAGAAUGAUUAUUUUUAAUUUAUCUUCCUUUUUUAUCUCUUAUUGCUUAUCUGGAUUGACUUUGAGUGUACUUGUUUACCCUGUUGAAUGUAUCUGGCCGGGUAUUUUAAAUACGUGCGCCUUGUUCAAAGCCUUUCAUCAACCAGAAGAUAAACACGAAUUAGAUAAAAGUGAAGAUACUCAAAUAAAGCCAACAAGUUGGAAAAUUCCUCCAUUAGCUUAUUUUGGGUGGACAUUUUUAGGUGCUUUCCUUUGGUAUUGGAUUCCUGAUUUAAUUAUGCCAUUUUUAAGUAGGAUUGGAGCCUGGAUAAGUUGGUGUAAACCUGAAAAUGCUACAUUAUCCCAGAUUUUUGGUGUUCAUACAGGUUUAGGAUUAUUCCCGUUAACAUUCGAUUGGACUCAAGUUACCAGUAUAAAUGAUCCUCUUACAACCCCAUUUUGGAGUAUUGCAACUGUUUUCGCUUCCUUUGUCAUUUGGAUUUGGAUUGUCCUUCCAGGUCUUUAUUAUCUGAACAAGUGGCAAACUGCAAAUUUUCCAAUCAUGACCAAUCUAAUUUACAAUAAAGAUAAAAAACCCUACAAUGCGUCAAAAGUGGUCACAAGUGAUUGGAAACUUGAUAUGGAGAAAUUUGAAAAAUAUAGUCCUGUUGUAUUACCUAUUUCAUUUGUCAUGGGGUUGGCCCUUGGAUUAGGCACAUUCUCAGCCAUGAUGGUUUCAUUCAUAUUGAAUUUCAAAUCUGAAGUAUUAGAUCAAUUAGGAAAACGCCACGAAGAUCACCAUAAUCUUGCAGCAGCAAAAUAUAAAAAGACACAUUGGGGUUUUUUUGUUGGAGUUGGAGUGGUUGGGUUUGGAUUGGGAUUCGCAUUUUGUCAAGGCUGGGAUGAUGCUCCUAUCAAGUCACUUGCCUUUUUCAUGGCUAUCUUGAUAGGAUCUCUAUUAUAUGUGCCUUUAGCUUUAAUUGAAUCUAGGUCCAACUUUUUAUUAAGUUUAUCAUCAUUUUUUGACUUAGUAUCUGCUUUCUGGUUUAAGGGUGAACCUUUAACAUUGUUAUACUUCUACUCCUUUGGGUUCAACACAUUGCAAAAAUCAAUGCAUAUCACUAUGAGUGCCAAAGUUGGACACUACAUGAAAGUGCCCCCACGUCUGAUAAGUAUUGGUAUUUUUGGUGCUGUUGCUUGGGGAAGUUUAUUAUCUCCAGCCGUGGUUGGGUACGCUUUGAAUCAUAUUGAAGAUGUUUGCCAACCAAAUGCAAAGAAUGGUAUGAAUUGUAGAAAAGCUAGAACCCAAUUCAACACACAUUUGGUAUGGGGACUUUUUGGUAGCGAAUUGUUUAGUGUACAUGGCCGCUAUGCUUGGGUUCUUUGGUUUUUCCUUGCUGGAGCUCUUGCAGCUAUUGUGGUCCACAUUUUUAAAUGUUACAAACCAAAGUCAGCAUGGAGAUAUGUCAAUGCAACUUUAUUAUUUGGAGGGGCUACAAAUAUUCCUAGUGUUACAGGUUUUAACUAUUCAACUUGGGCUCUUGUCGGAUUUAUUUUCAAUUUUUAUAUCCAUCGAAGACACACAAUGUGGUGGAGAAAAUAUAAUUUGGUAUUAUCCAUUGGGUUGGACUGUGGCACUGCCAUCGCUGCUAUAAUAAUUUACUUUUGUGUUGUGUAUACUGGAGGUUCAAAAAAUUUCAAAUGGUGGGGAACUACUAUUGGUAAAACUGGAUGUGAUAUCCGAGGAUGUCCUCAUUUGAACGAACAGAUUUUAGUUCCAAGUGGUUACUAA